AUGAUUACAAACCACAACAACUCUCAUAUAACAUCAUUUUUUCUUUCAGGUUUAAAUGAACCAAUGAACCUCAGAGUUGUUCUCUUCUCUGUCACUUUACUGUGUUACUGUUUUAUUGUGCUGGUAAAUGUUGCUGUUAUUGUGACCAUCAUCUUGGAUAAGAACAUGCAUGAACCAAUGUAUAUUCUAUUGUGCACUUUGUGUAUAAAUGGACUUUAUGGGACAACAGGUUUCUACCCAAAGUUUCUGUGGGAUCUGCUGUCUGCUGUUCAAGUAAUAUCUUAUUCUGGAUGCAUUUUUCAGGCUUUGGUGAUGUACUCAUUUGUCUGCAGUGAUUUGUCCAUUCUUGCAGUAAUGUCAUAUGACAGAUAUGUGGCUAUAUGUCGACCCCUGGUGUACCACUCUGUCAUGUCAAAGAAGAUACUUUUAAUGUUUAUCUCUUUCUCCUGGUUCACACCUUUUUGCAUUUCUGCCGUGACUAUGAUCCUCACAUCUAGAUUGAAGUUAUGCAGCCCAUAUAUUGCCAGACUUUAUUGUGUGAAUUUGAAUAUUGUGAAACUUGCUUGUUUAACAGCUGAAACUGUUGUUAACAACAUAGUAUCGAACCUAACAGUAACAUUUUUCUUAUUUCAGGGGUUUUUAAUAGUUUGGUCAUACGUGUUUGUCAUCAGAACAUGUGUGAAUUCUUUAGAAAACAGGGCGAGGUUCAUGCAGACAUGUGUGCCACAUUUAACCUCUUUGCUCUUUUUUGUUGUGACUAUGCUUUUGGAUGUCUUUAAUCUGAAAUUUGGUUCAAAUCUCUCUCUAACCAUUCAAAAUGUUAUUGCAAUAGAACUUCUCAUUUUACCUCCCAUCAUUAAUCCUCUGGUUUAUGGCUUUAAACUGACCAAAAUUAGGAUCAGAAUUUUAAGUGUUAUUACAUUUAAAAUUAAAUGA